AAAAUAGCUUCCAGCCUAUUUUCCCAGAAUUCUGUCGGCCUUCCUUAAAGAUGGCUUUCUCCGUGUAAUUUGAUAAGAGACACGGAAAGAGUAAAUUAUUGAAAGUUGUCGGUUGUCUACCUUAUAUCGUGGGACUCGGCUAUCAAUUUAUAACGGCAGCACUCAGGUAUCAACCCAACUGAAGUGAUGCAGUCCCUUAGAAAAUUAGCAACCUCCACAUUGGUCUGGAAUCGGCUGGAGUGCAAGCUACAAACCUCUGUUGCAACAACAGCAGCAGCAGCAGCUGCUACCGUCAGUGGGAAAUAUUCCACGUUAGCUCAGCAGUUCUUAGAGGCAAACCAAAAGAAACAAUUCCGCACACAGAUUCAAGACCCUGAAAAACAUAGCAAACAGCAUAUGGGCCUCUAUUACACCAUCCCUGAUGCAGAUGUGAAGAAGUGUUUUGAAAUGAGAGGUCUUUCCGUAUUCUAUCAGAAACAGUGCCAACUGUUUCGUGAGACUAGUAUUAUGGUGAGGCAGCCAGCUUUGGAAACUAUCGACUACAUCAAGAAUGCCAAUUACAAUCAUCCCGUACUCAGAGUUAUGCUUUAUGGUGAACGAGGAGUAGGCAAAACCUUGACUAUGGCUCAUGUCAUGCAUUUCUGUGCCAUUCAAAAAUGGUUAAUCGUUCAUGUUGAUUGGCCAUCAAUGUGGAAAAAGGCUUGGCGAGAAAUCUCUAUGUCAACAUAUAAACCAGGUCAAAUUGACUUCCCUCUCAUAGCAGUGGAUUGGUUGAAAUUGUUCAAGAGUCAGAACGAAGAAUUUCUACAGGAUAUAAAGACUACCUCAAAGUAUAUCUGGAGUAAACGAGAAUCUGCUGAAGAAGGAACUACGUUAUCUGAAUUAAUUCAAUUUGGUUUAGCAAGACCAAGAUAUGCCAGUGAUGCUGUGGGGAUUAUUCUGAAAGAAGUAAAGAAAUCAGCUUCUGAGAAGAAACAUCGUGUCCUGGUAGCUGUUGAUGGUGUGAAUGGACUCUGGGGCACAACUAGCGUCAAAGACGAGAAUAAAGACUAUAUAUCCUGUGAUAAAAUAUCUCUUUUCCACAAUUUUAGGAAAAUAUUGAAAAAUGAUUGGUGCAAUGGUAUUGUUGUUGGAAUUGUGGAUAUUGUAGCCAAUCCAAGUGACCAACGCAAGAAGUGCACACCACACUACCUUCUUCAGAAAGAGGCCUUUGAGUUAUUGGAACCCUUCAUCCCAGUGUAUGUUCCAAAAUACAAUGACAAGGAAAUCCUCAGCUGUCUCGAUUACUAUAUUGACCAACUAUGGUUGCAGAACCCUAAAGCCAGAACAGAAGAAGGCAAGAAAGAAUUAAUCUUCCUGAGUGACCACAAUCCAAUGCAGCUGAGCAAAAUCUGUGCCUCCUGUUGAUGCUGUCUUUGAUUUAGUGAUUGUAUAUAGAAAAUAAAAUAUUGGUCAGUUUA